UUACCUGCCAAAUUAACAUUAACCGAGGAUUCCCGUAUAUUAACAACCACCGCUGCCGCACCCACACCCUCGCCCUCCCCAUCACCAUCAUCGGGUCCACCAUCUGCACGUAGUACCCGUGCUAGCAAAUGGGGUCGCCUUUUGGGUAGUUCAAGUGUCGAUUCGGCUAGCGAUACCAGCGCCAAGGUAGCAGUUUCGAGAAGUUUGAGUGCCCGCGAAAGUCUGCGUGAAAGCACUGCCGCUCAGGCGAGGCAGAGUAGUACUUCGAGUAGCAAUGGUGGACAAGGCAAUAAAGUAUUCCCUAAGGCACCCAAACUGCAGGCGAGCCAAGCCACAUUGGCCCGCCAGGACACCAUCGAUGAGGGCGGCGAAGUCGACUCAUCACCGCCCAGCCGUGACAGCCGCGUCAUCAUCGAGGGCAGCAGCGCUCCCACCACCACAACAACAAUCAGCCUGGCCGCUAUCACGGCUAAAGACCGCAAUCUGGCGUUGGAACGUGAACGACAAAUCGAAAUGGCUUCAUCGCGUGCCACCACCUCGGAUACCUAUGAUACAGGUCUGCGAGAACAGCCUCCCACGUUGGCGCAACGUGAUCUGAUUGCCACCGUUUUGGAUCUGAAAGUUGAUGUACGCCUCGAAUUACAGCGCAUGCAACAGCGUAUUGGUCGCAUUGAGGACAUGCUGGGGGAAUUGGUGAAACGUUUGCAACAGCAUGAUUCCUCCGGCCAGACAACGCCUGCUGAUGAUAACGUGUGUGUAUGCGGUAGUUCGACGGCAACCACAGCGGCCAGUGGCAGCAGCUCAGGGGGCUUAGUUGGUAGACGCCCUGAAGGUGGGGCGACACAUUCCACCGCCACAACGCCAGCCGCCGAUACGGUCAUAACAAUAUCCACAGUUCCGCCGCCGCCGUCUUCGUCGUCCACCGCAACGGGCAUCAUCGGUGCGGCUGGCAUCGUUGCCGGUAGUGGAUUGGUGGUUGCGGGCGCCCCCUCCGCUUCGACAACAGCAGGUGCAGCUGCAACAGUAGUGAUGCCAACUACCGUUGCAGCAACUAGCUCAUCCAACCUGCUGCAGCCGGUACAAAUGGUUACCACAACGGGUGGCAAUGGUCUCGGACCCUUGAUGCUUAAAAAGCGGCGUUCGAAGAGCAGAAAAGCACCGGCGCCUCCCAAGCAGACCCAUUCGCAAGCCGCUGCCGCUAGUGCCGUUGUCCAGAGUCCUGAACAGCAGCGAUUACUCGAAGAAGAGUUGCCCACAAUGCAGCAGCAACUGCCGGCGGCACCAUCAACGGUGGCCACCACUGUUGUCGCCACAGCCUCAGGCAGUGCCGGCCAAGCUGGCACAACCACAGCCACCACCACAACCGGUGGUGGCCCAGCCAGCGGCUCAGCAGGUGUUGGUGGCCGUUCGAAACGUGAAUUUCUCUAG